AUGCUUUUAAUGUCUUUUAACUCUCUAAUCUGGCUAUCAAUUUGUCUGGCACUUUUUAUUCCGCUGUUUGUCCCAGAUUUGGUUCCUUCCACUGCUUUAUUACCUAAUUUGGUAUUGUCUUCAGUGGAGUCUAUUCACCGACCCCAAGCUUAUAACGCUAGCAGAACCCACGACGCCAUGUUUGAUUUUUCCAAGGCAAUCAAUGAUAGCAUGAAGAAAUUGACCUAUUCAGUUCUCGCUAAAGUAAAACCUUUGUUCCUCUACGUUACUUCUGACGAUUUAGACUUGCACACUUUGAACACACAAACCGCACUUAACCUACUCAGAACGAGCCCACCCUUUUCCACCAAUUCUACUUUCAAAUCUCUUCAAGUGGCUCCAAUUUUACGCUUGGACCAAUAUUUUUCGGACCUGCUAUUUUCAGCAACUCUUCCGUCCACCUUGCGCAAUUUUCUAGCUACCAUUGACCAGAGGUUUCUCAAUAGGUUCCAGCUACUUGAGGAGCCUGUGGCUGCGUUUGUAAUGGAGGUGUCCAGCAAGACGUCAGAGAAAUCAGAGAAGAAGUCAUCUCAGAUUUUUGAUACCUUCGCUUCAUUUUGGAACUCCGCUUCCAGUUUGCCUCAGCUCCUUCACUCAACUUUCUGUACUUACAAUCCUAACUCAACACAAGGCUAUUGUAUGUUGAUCGAGGGAAACAGUAAGAUACACCUAUCAACACUUUCUGGGCUCUCAAAAAGAGACGGCAUCGAGGAUCUUGCCACUUCAGACGUCUUUAACUCUCAGGUGCUCCGCCAAGUUCAAAAUAAAUUGGAAACUGUUGCUCACAAAGUGUCUUCCAGUGCUGAAUACCUCGCUGAUGAUCCCCUGGCAUACUUAGACGACUUGGACGAACGAGUAGACAACAGAAUCAAAGAAGUGGAGAGGAAAGUAUUGAGGAAAACUCAAAAAUUGACUACCAUUCCCGGUAAAAUUGAUGUUGCUGUUGACAAUCAAGUGCGUAAGCUUGCUGAAUCAAGGUUGGAAAUUCACGAGGACGAUGAUGCCGAGGAUAUAUCACCUUGGUACCAUCUGGAAAGAAAUGAUGGCGAUGAAAGAAACGACAUCACUAUCUACGAAACCAGGGACAGACCGUUGCACUUCUCUAAAAGAGAGCAAGCGGAUAUAACCAUUCCGCUUUCGCUCUUGCUGGUGGGUAAAAAUACUCCAAGACACAAACUGUUUCAAAAUGUUGUUAAACAGAGUACAGAUCUUUCGUUGAAGAAACGGGACUGUGUUCCGGUUACCUGGUACAACGUGUUUCACCACAGUGUAUUUGGCAACUACGAAUUUUGCGAGUAA